AUGCAAACUCUUAUGGUCAUCGUUGCGUUCUUCUCUGCAUCUAUAGUCGCACAAUCUGGUUGUCAGGAUGGGAUUCAGAGGAUUCUGGCCCCAUUGAGCAGUUAUAAUCCCGCACAGGAGUUCUGUUCUGAGAAAUUCCCAAGAACCAUCACCAUCACAUCGACGGUUGCAUCGGUGCAACCAGAGAUUUUCAAGCGGGAUGUGUUCUCAUCAAGAGCACACAUUAAACGGCCACAUCCUUCCGGCCCAGAACUACUUGAGCCGCGUUCGAGGCUUUCCAGGAGGGCUGGUGACAAUGAAGCCGAUGUUUUGCUCUCUAUUGGGCUUGCUCAGGCGGCCAAAGUGGUGUCUACUCUAUGUUCAUGCAUCGCUCCACCAGCAACCAUCACGGAGUUCGCCUUCAUGCCCUUCACCUGGAUAACUACAGAAGAACUUCCAUCAUUUCUGCCCAACUCUCCUUCAACGUCGCCCCAGAUAGAGCCUUCGACAACAACGUCGCCGACUUUAAUCGCUAUUGUGACAACCUCGUCGACGACCCUGCAGAGAAUCGAGUCAGAGUUUCUCAUCGAACCAACACAGUUGAUCAGCAAGUCAACACGGACAACAAUGGUCGAAUCAAACCUACCUUUCCACACAUCAACACUGACAACGACAACGAGCCUGGAAUCCUCUCCACGCGUCCUUCUUGAUUCAACACCGCAGACUACAUCGCCGACGGCGUCUACCUUGACCCCGUCUCCGAACCGACCGACAGAACCAGAUCUAUCCACUUUGAUUGAUACGUUUGGGUUAAGCACAGGAACGAUCACUGAAUCAAUCGUCUUUGACGUAAUAACAACAUCGACUUCUCCAUCAUCUACCUCAAUUUCUCAACAAGUUCCGCAGCCAAUAUCGUUUACAACUACUCGUUUCACCACGGAGAUGCCAUCCACAUCACACUACUUGGAAUUCGGUUUUUCUGAUAGUCAAGUAACAAGCACCACAACCUCUGAAGAUGCGUCGACUCCAGAGAUUACUCCCGUGAUUACUCCUCCAGAAUUUACCGCAAAUUUCACGCCCGAGUUUGAUUCUCAAAAUACUACUUCGACCACUCAAGGGAUGACCACACCUACUAGUGAGGCUACUACAACUACUCUAGUAAUCACUUCCAUCACUCUAACGACCACUUCAACCGAUCCGGACACUACCUCUACCACUUUAGAGACCAUAAUAAUCACCGCAGAUACCACCACAUCGACCACACAGGCUGGUCCGACCGCCCUAGAGAGUAACUCUACCAUUCAAGAAACUACCACCACAAUCACUCCAACGACUACUUCGACCACUCGAGAGAUGACCACACCUACUACCGAGGCCACUGCAACUAUUCUGUUAAUUACUUCCAUCACUCUAACGACCACUUCAACCGAUCCGGACACUACCUCUACCAUUUUAGAGACCACAAUAAUCACCUCAGACACCACCACAUCAACCACACAGGCUGAUCCAACCGCCCUCGAGAAUACCUCUGCCAUUCCAGAAACCACCACAACUACUCCUGAAUUCAUCACUCCAGACCCCAACCCAUUGUUCACUCUAACGCUUUCUUCAGAAUGGUUCACACCCUAUCCUGAGUUCGCGACUCCGGAGCCCGCCCCAGUGUUUACUAUCACGCUUCCCUCAGGAGAGUUCACUCCACAUCCUGAGUUCACUACUUCGGAGCCUACGCCUAACCCUGAUUACUCCUGGGCCUACUCCGGAGCCCACGCCAGACUCUACGCUAGAGCCGACGCCAGAGCCUGA